GCUCGUGCUCCGACGCUCCUGCCACCGCUGACCCCGACCCUGCGCCCCAGCCAGGCCUGAGGAUAUGAGGCGGCCGGCGGCGGCGCCGCUCCUGCUGCUGCUGUGUCUUGGGACUCAGGGGGCCAAGACAGCAAGAGCCUGUGGGCGCCCCAGGAGGCUGAACCGAAUGGUGGGCGGGCAGGACGCGCAGGAGGGCGAGUGGCCCUGGCAGGUCAGCAUCCAGCGCAACGGAAGCCACUUCUGCGGGGGCAGCCUCAUCGCGGAGCAGUGGGUCCUGACGGCCGCGCACUGCUUCUCCAACACCUCGGAGACGUCCCUGUACCAGGUCCUGCUGGGGGCAAGGCAGCUAGUGAAGCCGGGACCGCACGCCGUGUACGCCCGGGUGAGGCGGGUGGAGAGCAACCCCCUGUACCAGGGCAUGGCCUCCAGUGCUGAUGUGGCCCUGGUGGAGCUGGAGUUACCGGUGACCUUCACCAAUUACAUCCUCCCCGUGUGCCUGCCGGACCCCUCAGUGAUCUUUGAGACGGGCAUGAACUGCUGGGUCACAGGCUGGGGCAGCCCCAGUGAACAAGACCUCCUGCCCAACCCUCGGAUCCUGCAGAAACUCGCUGUGCCCAUCAUCGACACGCCCAAGUGCAACCUGCUCUACAGCAAGGACGCCGAGUUUGGCUACCAACCAAAAACCAUCAAGAACGACAUGCUCUGCGCUGGCUUCGAGGAGGGCAAAAAGGAUGCCUGCAAGGGUGACUCAGGCGGCCCCCUGGUGUGCCUAGUGGGCCAGUCGUGGCUGCAGGCCGGAGUGAUCAGCUGGGGCGAGGGCUGCGCCCGCCAGAACCGCCCAGGUGUCUACAUCCGUGUCACCGCCCAUCACAACUGGAUCCACCGAAUCAUCCCCCAGCUGCAGUUCCAGCCGGCGAGGUCGGGCAGCCAGAAGCGAGACCCCAGGGGCCAGGAGCCCCUCGAGCGGAGCUCUGCGCCCAGCCUGGCUGCCCACACCAUCCUGCUGGUCCUUCCAGCGCUGCUGUUACACUUCUGAGCCCCACCAGGCUUACUUGUAAAUAGCGCUUCUUUCUCCCCUCUCAAAUAUUAUUUUAUUUAUGUUCCCUCCAAUAAAAACCCAGCCUGUGUGCUGGCUG